AUGACAUUCACGAGUGUCAUUGCAACAGCCAUUCUGACUUGUCGAGUUGUUGGCUUCACCAUGUCUUUGCGAAGGCUCUCGCCCGUCUUCGUUUGGUGUUUCUUUCUAGUCUCAUCAUCUUCUAGUGCUAACACUUCAGGUGCACCGCGUUAUCCUGCAUUUCCCGUGCAAUUUACGGCAAAUUACUCGGACAAUUAUGGUGCUACUGCUCAAGUAUUCGUGGCGUCAACAAGAAGCGAAACGGGAAGGUUUCUUGCGAGAAUCGAAUACGAUAUGGUUCUCAAGCAAGUAGAAACAGAAGCAGCCUACAGCCAUGCAUAUAUGUAUACAGCACCAGAUGUAGCAAAGACAGACAAAGUUUACAACAAGACUCUCGCUCUUGUAUACUCCAAACAGCCUGACGCCGAGAAUUGUUAUUUCACUACCGACAUGGUCCCUGAAAUGUUUUCUCCCAUGGGCUUAGGAGCUCUCAUGAUUGGUCACUCAAACGAAGAAUGCAUGGGACUGACGGUUUGCGAUGGCAUGACAUACACUGAAACUGUGAUGAGAAAUGGAAUGAAGACAGACGUUUGGGUUAUCGAGGUUGGGAUUGAUGACAAUGGGACUGUCUAUGUUGAUGCUAACACAGGAAUUCCAUAUGAAUCAGUUUGGGACCAUCGAGGCCACGGCACAUUUGACCCAUCCGGGAACAUAGUUGCACGCACCAUCAUCACUCCCGGAAUGCCAAAAAAUCCAAUUCAACUGCCAAAAGGCUGGGAGCAAGCUUGUGGUCAGGUCUUUAACGCAGGAGUCAAUACAAGUGAAGGCAUACAAGAUGCGUAUAUAACAACACCGAAAGGCAGUGCUGUGGUCACAUUCAACUUGUAUGACAAACCUCAAUGGGGCAACUUAACGAUUACACUCACACCAAAAUCGACAGCAUGCCUUGACUGCAUCGAACUCGAUCCCGAUCAUCUUGUCUUCACGCCUAAAAACUACACUCAAUUUCAGGACGUUAAGUUGAUCUACAAGAAGGAUGGAGUCGUGAGCAUCGAUAUGAAAAUGUCGGAGGAAUAUCACUCUUUGGUCUAUCCUCACUACCUUCGCGUCUGUGCUUGUUCGGGUGGUGUUACUAACGUCACAUGUCAUGGAUCACUUCGUAACAGUAACUGUCCCUGACAAUGAACGAUUGACUGACUUCCUAGGAUGCUGAUGGCUGCUGCAAUGAGCAAAGCAGUGGCUUGCUGUUUGUUGGUUUUAGUAGUCACUGCUGAGAUGAGCUAUUACUGCAGUAGAUUGUUGUUGGUCUUCUAUAACAAUUUGCUGUU